UGAUUAAAUCAGAUCAAAGCGGGGCAUUUGAGAGCAAUUUUUGGUUGAAGGGUUUCAAAGUUGAGCAGUCGAUCGAAGAAAGAUGUCUGGAAGAGGCAAGGGCGGUAAGGGGCUCGGCAAGGGAGGAGCGAAGAGGCACAGGAAGGUCCUUCGAGAUAACAUUCAGGGUAUCACCAAGCCUGCCAUCAGGCGUCUGGCCAGAAGAGGAGGCGUCAAGCGUAUCAGUGGUCUUAUCUAUGAGGAGACCAGAGGUGUGCUGAAGAUCUUCUUGGAGAAUGUCAUAAGAGAUGCUGUUACAUACACUGAGCACGCUCGUCGCAAGACUGUUACAGCCAUGGAUGUUGUGUAUGCCCUAAAAAGACAGGGCAGAACCCUCUAUGGCUUCGGCGGUUAGAUAUGCUGCUUUUACUUUUUAUUUAUUUUUGGUGUUUUUCAACACCACUUCCUUGAUGGAACUGUCUGUUCGAUGCCUUUACUUUGAGCAGGGCUGGUUUACCAAAAAACUGGUAAUUUUGUUAUAUAUUUGAAAUAAAAGUGGGGUAUAAUUUUGAGUU